UGAGAGCUUAGCAUGUGGAGCUGGGGACACGCUUCUUCUACCUUUCAACUUUCUCAUCGUCGCGCCACGUUCGUGACUUUGACUGUACCUCGUCGACACUGCGCAGUACCAGACUAGAGCACGCCGCAAUCUUCCUGAUCAGCAUGCCGCCCACAUUCGCCUCGGGUCCCCCGCCCUCCUCAUCUCGUGCAGCGCCCUUCUCCUCCUCUUCCCUAGUGGUGCGCCCUGCAAAGCCCUCGGACAUUCCCACCCUCUUGCGCUUCAUAGCAGACCUAGCAAAGUACGAAGAAGCGCCAGAGUCGAAUCAUUCUACGGUCGAGUUGCUGCAGGAGAACAUCUUCGACAAGGGAUUUGCAGGUGCGCUUAUAGCUGAGAUCAAGGAGGGGGGCGUAGGGGCUGAGGCAAACGCCGUCGGCAUGGCCAUUUACUGCCACACCUUCUCGACCUGGACAGCCAAACCUUCUCUCUUUCUGGAAGAUCUCUACGUCUCCCCUCAAGCGCGCAAUAGAGGAGCCGGCAAAGCCCUGUUCCGGGAAUUAGGAGCUAUAGCUGAAAGAGAGGGGUGUCCAAGGUUGGAUUGGAACGUGUUGGAAUGGAACGAGCCGAGCAUCGCAUUCUACACAAAGGUCCUUGGCGCGCACAAGAUGAACGAGUGGAGGACUUGCAGGCUGGAAGGAGAGGGAAUCACCAGGUUGAGAUCGCUCGGCCUGGACUCAUGACAGAGCUUGUCGUUGCAUCUCUCGAAGAGGUCCUUCUAGACAUCUCAGACGCUACACUCGCGCAAUCAGUGCACUUAAAUCAUAGCGGAUCUCUGGAUAUUGCGCGUGAAGCAGAUGAAGUGCUGCUUUGUGCGUCUAUGCUACAAGUGAGGCAUGGCAGUCCGGCCUUGGAGUCGAUGUGAUAAUGAUGAAGGGAUCGGAGAUAAUGAGUGUAUGCCGA